AUGGCUCAUCGAGGAGAGCAGGAAGGAGUUCAUGGAGGACUCUUCACAUACGGAGGUUACGAUAACGAGAAUUGCGGACCGAUUAUUGCUUAUGAACCACUGACGUCGGCCACCUAUUUCCAGUUUAAGGAAACUUCAAAAGCAGGAGGAAGGGCAUACGAGGUGAUCUCUGAUACUGGUACAUCGUUCAUCGGAGGACCAAAGAGCGUUGUCGACAAAUUGGCGAAGGGUGUUGGAGCUAAGUACGUUGCCGACUUCGAUUCCUAUGUGAUUCCAUGCGAUGCCAAACCGCCCAGCCUGGAUAUUUACAUCGGAUCCCAUAAAUACUCCAUUGAGCCUGUCAACUACAUCGUCAGUGCUGGAGAAGGCACAUGCUUGUUCGCCCUAUUCCCUGAAGAAGCGGGAGGUUUCGGUCCUGCAUGGAUUCUUGGCGAUCCGUUCAUUCGUCAGUACUGUAAUGUUCAUGACAUGCAGAAACAACGCAUGGCUUUCGCAAAAUCGCUUCAGAAAUAG